AUGAGUAAAGCUGUUGGUAUUGAUUUGGGUACUACCUACUCCUGUGUAGCCCACUUUUCCAAUGAUAGAGUUGAGAUCAUUGCCAAUGACCAAGGUAACAGAACUACUCCUUCUUUCGUCGCUUUCACCGAUUCCGAGCGUUUAAUUGGUGAUGCUGCUAAGAAUCAAGCUGCCAUGAACCCUGCCAACACUGUUUUCGAUGCUAAGCGUUUGAUUGGUAGAAAGUACACUGAUCCUGAGGUCCAAAGUGAUAUUAAGCACUUCCCCUUCAAGGUCGUUGACAAGGCUGGCAAGCCCCAAAUCCAAGUCGAGUUCAAGGGUGAGGAGAAGGUCUUCACUCCCGAAGAAAUCUCUUCUAUGGUCCUCACCAAGAUGAAGGAGACUGCUGAGGGUUUCUUGGGUGGUACUGUUAGCAACGCUGUCAUUACUGUCCCUGCCUACUUCAACGAUUCUCAACGUCAAGCCACCAAGGAUGCUGGUCUUAUUGCUGGUCUUAACGUUCUCCGUAUCAUCAACGAGCCUACUGCCGCUGCUAUUGCCUACGGUUUGGACAAGAAGUCUGAUGCCGAGAAGAACGUCCUUAUCUUUGAUUUGGGUGGUGGUACUUUCGAUGUUUCUCUCUUGACCAUUGAGGACGGUAUUUUCGAGGUCAAGGCCACUGCUGGUGAUACCCACUUGGGUGGUGAGGAUUUCGAUCACCGUCUUGUCAACCACUUCGUCGCCGAGUUCAAGAGAAAGAACAAGAAGGAUCUUUCUACCAACCAAAGAGCUCUUAGACGUUUGAGAACCGCCUGUGAGCGUGCCAAGAGAACUUUGUCUUCUUCUGCUCAAACUUCUAUCGAAAUCGACUCUUUGUACGAGGGUAUUGAUUUCUACACUUCUAUCACCCGUGCUAGAUUCGAGGAGUUGUGUCAAGAUUUGUUCAGAUCUACCAUCGAGCCUGUUGAGAAGGUUCUCCGUGACUCCAAGAUUGACAAGUCUUCUGUUAACGAGAUUGUCCUUGUUGGUGGUUCUACCCGUAUCCCCAAGGUUCAAAAGCUUGUUUCCGACUUCUUCAACGGUAAGGAGCCCAACAGAUCCAUCAACCCCGAUGAGGCCGUUGCCUAUGGUGCCGCUGUUCAAGCCGCUAUUCUUUCUGGUGACACUUCUUCCAAGACUCAAGACUUGUUGUUGUUGGAUGUCGCUCCUCUUUCUCUUGGUAUCGAGACUGCUGGUGGUGUCAUGACCAAGCUCAUCCCCAGAAACUCUACCAUUCCUACCAAGAAGUCUGAGAUCUUCUCCACCUAUGCUGACAACCAACCCGGUGUCCUCAUUCAAGUUUUCGAGGGUGAGCGUACCAAGACCAAGGACAACAACUUGCUUGGUAAGUUCGAGCUCACUGGUAUUCCUCCCGCUCCUCGUGGUGUUCCUCAAAUCGAGGUCACUUUCGACAUUGACGCCAAUGGUAUCUUGAACGUCUCUGCUGUUGAGAAGGGUACUGGUAAGUCUCAAAAGAUCACCAUCACCAACGACAAGGGCCGUUUGUCCAAGGAGGACAUUGAGCGUAUGGUUUCCGACGCCGAGAAGUACAAGGAGGAAGAUGAGAAGGAAGCUGCUCGUAUCGCUGCCAAGAACGGUCUUGAGUCCUACUCUUACUCUUUGAAGAACACUCUUUCCGAGGAGAAGUUCAAGGAGAAGGUUUCCGAGGAGGAGAGAACCACUCUUGAGAAGGCCAUUGACGAGACCAUCUCAUGGCUCGACAACAACCAAUCCGGUGCCACUGACGAGUACUCUGACAAGCAAAAGGAGCUCGAGGGUGUUGCUAACCCCAUCCUCAUGAAGUUCUACGGUGCUGAGGGUGGUGCUCCUGGCGCUGCUCCCGGUGGUUUCCCCGGUGGUGCUCCUGGCGGUUUCCCUGGUGCUGGUGCCGGUGCCGCUCCUGGUGCUGGUGGCGACGGUCCUACUGUCGAGGAGGUCGACUAA